CAGUUGGAUUUUAUAAGGAAAUCGUUUGGAAAGUUCACUUGAAAACCCAUUUGCUCCCUGAGCUAAGCCGUUCUUCCUAUUUCUCCGUUUGUCUUCACUCACUCUCUUCUACCGUCGACGCGUCUGAGCUCUAGCCGGAGCUCUAGCCGGAGAGCGAGGGAGAUAGAUAGCCAACGCUUCCCGUCGGCUCUCUCUCUCUCUCUCUCUCUCUCUCUCUCUCUGUUUACGUUGUCUUUACCACUGAAUAAAUGCCCUAAUUCGAAAUCGCAUCCGUAUUUUCUCUUUCCAGUGCUGUAUAAGGCGGGAGAUAGAUACUGUUGCGUGGAUCAGAUGACACCGAGGGCCGUUAAUACGCGCCAUGCUCUCGAAGCCUGCACCCUCCAGCUCCAUGCGUGGAAACCCUUCCAGAUCCAAGCCCAACCCGUCGAUCCCCCAAAUCCUUACUCCUUUCGCUCUAAGAAGCCGUGCCGCUCUGACCGAUCGACUGCUCCGCCCCUCACAGCCGACGGCGUUGAGUUCUUUCGGCUCUCUCUCCUUGACGAUCCUACUCCUUCGAAGUCCAGGGAGGAGAGGGGGUUCCGGUGGCUAGUUCCACGGAAGAGGAGGCGGAGGGGUUCCCGGUCGGUGUCCGGCAGAAGCAGCGAUCGGAGCGGGAGAAGGCGGCGGGGUUGUUGUGGGGGCGCUUCGGCAGCGAACGCCACGUGUUCAGACUUCCCGCCGGUGACCUAUGGGACGGAUUCAAGCGGCGAGCUAUUUCUGAACGGGGACGGGAGCUGGGGAUCGGACAUUAGCGAGGCAAGGGUUUUGAGGAGGGAGGGAGGUGGUGGGGAAGGAUCAUCAUUCGGAUCGCAUCCAGGUGGGCCCGAUUCCCAGGGUAACGAGUCUGGUUACGGCAGCGAGAAUGGAUACAGAGGUGACGCCGAGUUUGGAUAUGGAGAUGAGGUUGAUGAGGAAGAUGAGGACGGAAAGCAUCUGUUUUGGGGUGGAAGAUUUGUCGAAACAAAGAGAAUGGAAAAUGUUGGCGAGAACAAUUUUGGAGAACAAAAGGCUCACCACCGGUGCAGGCGAAAGAAAAGUGAUUGGAGAGUAUUUGCGCCGCCCCCGAGAUGAUGAUAACUGCAUCGAAGUGGCAUCAUGCUCCAAAAUUGUCGGUUGUUUAUUGUUGAUUAGUGAUUGAUAUGCCGGCAGCUGGGGUCCAUCUAUUCAUGCAUUUUCUUUUCCUAUUUUUUAGUUGGAGUUCCAUGGUAUAAACCUUAUCCUGAGAAAUACUACUCGGCUUUUGCUGAUUUUUCAUGGUUCUUGUCUUUUCUUUUUUUA